AUGUCGGGGAGUCCCGUGGCAGCAGUGAGCAGGUGCAGCUUUGCAGUGGGGAUGCAAAAGCCCAGGACUGUGCAGCCCAUUGGGGCUGAAGCGCUGGUGGCCCUUCUGGAAGGCAGUCUGGAUCGAGUGGUGCUGAUUGAUAGCAGGCCCUUUGUGGAUUAUAAUACAUCUCACAUCCUGGAGGCGGUCAACGUCAACUGUUCCAAGCUCAUGAAGAGGAGGCUUCAGCAGGACAAAGUUCAGAUCGCUGAACUGCUGCAACACUCAGCCAAGAAAAAGUUGGAGUUGCGGGUCAACCAAGAAGUUGUGGUGUACGACCAAAGUUCUGAUCUGGCAGCUCUCGCCCCGGACUCAUUCCUCUGUGUGCUGCUCGUCAAGUUAGAAAAAACCUUCCCAUCUGUGCAUCUGCUUUUAGGUGGUUUCUCCGAGUUCUGCCACAUGUUCCCUGGUCUGUGUGAGGGCAAGUCCACAUGUGUUCCGUCCUGUGUGUCUCAGCCCUGUCUGCCAGCCACCAGCAUCGGACCCACACGCAUCCUGUCUCAUCUGUACUUGGGCUGCCAGAGGGACGUCCUGAACAAGGAGCUGAUGCAACAAAAUGAAAUAGCAUAUGUUCUGAAUGCUAGCAACACUUGCCCCAAGCCUGACUUCAUCCCAGAGUCUCACUUCCUGAGAGUUCCUGUCAACGACAGCUUUUGUGAGAAGAUUCUGCCUUGGUUGGACAGAUCAGUGGAGUUUAUUGAAAAAGCCAAAGCUUGUAACGCGCACGUCUUGGUGCAUUGUCUGGCUGGAAUAUCGCGAUCGGCUACCAUCGCCAUUGCUUACAUCAUGAUGAGAAUGAACAUGUCACUGGACGAGGCAUACAGGUUUGUGAAGGAAAAGAGGCCAACAAUAUCGCCAAACUUUAACUUCCUGGGUCAACUCUUGGACUUUGAGAAGAGAAUCAAAAAUGUAAAUGGUUCAGGGAGUGCAGAUGGAGCGGACGAGCCCUCCAGACCUGUGUCUGAGCAAACCUGCUCCUCUGGUUCUGAUCCUGAUCCUGAGACACUCCCUCUGCCCUGUGCGCUCACAGAGCCACCUGAAGAGCGCCUGUUGGAGCAGCUCAGCAGUGUUCAGCUCUUUGACUGCCCAGAGGAGGGCGUGCGCCUUAAGCGCUCCUUCUCACUGGACAUUAAGUCGUACGGUGAGCCGCCAGGAGCCAGUGCACACAGAGUGGACACAGGAAGACCAUCUGCAUUCAAAGACAGCACUAGUAAACCCUGCCAAUUCUCCCCAGUGGAGGAGGUGUCCGAGCAGUCCACCCCAGAGCAGAGCCCUGACAAAGAGGAAGCUGGGGCCCCUGCAGCAGCCGUGAAACCAGCUAAAGGCGCUGGCCCCACGCUUCAGCGCAGCGGCAGCGUGGAGGACCAUGGCAACCGCGUGCUGGUGGAACUGUCGCGCAGCCAGCAGCAGGUGUUUAAGGGCGGGCCGGGGAGCGCGCUGAAGGGCUGGCACUCUGACAUUCUGCUGGGGCCGGUCACUGUGUCCACGUCCUCUUUGGCUGGAAGCUGGUUUCUGUCCUCAGAGUCCACGCGCUUUUAUUCCACAUCAGCCAUUUUGACGGGUGGUGGGUUUUCCUACUACAGCCACGGACUGGAGGCGGUGCGGCGGCGCGGGCGGCAGAGGACUGGUGACUGUGGGGACUCGCGGCGCAGCUGGCACGAGGAGAGCAGCUUUGAGAAGCAGCUCAAGCGCCGCAGCUGUCAGAUGGAGUUUGGGACUGGGGCGACAGACAGUCACUCUCGAGAGGAAAUGGUCAAAGUGGGAAGUCAAUCGAGCUUCUCUGGGAGCAUGGAGGUGAUCCAAGUGUCCUGA